GGAACCGUUCUUCUUAGACAGUAGUUUCCCAUCGGACAUGUUAUGUGACAGCACGCACCACUACUAGCAGAGAUAAACAGAACCCUGGUCCAACAUGGCAGAGACUCACAGUCUGCAGGACAUGAGGCCGCAGGCAGCCGUCGCUGCCAAAGUCUUCAUUCAGAGAGAUUACACCAACGGCACUGUGUGCCAGUUCCAGACCAAGUUCCCCUCUGAGCUGGAGACCAGGAUCGACAAGCAGCAGUUCGAGGAGACGGUGCGGAUGCUGAACAACCUGUACGCUGAGGCGGAGAAGCUGGGCAGCCAGUCCUAUAUUGAAGGCUGUUUGGCCUGCCUCACGGCUUACACUGUGUUCCUGUGUAUGGAGACGCACUAUGAGAAGAUGUUAAAGAAGAUUGCAAAGUACAUUCAAGAGCAGAAUGAUAAGAUCUACGCCCCACGAGGCCUCCUGCUCACCGACCCCAUCGAGAGAGGCCUCAGAGUUAUUGAGGUGACCAUCUUUGAAGACAGAAGCCUGACUAGAUAAAAGCAAACACGAGCUGCAGCAGCGACACAAGCCUCCUCCAGACUGCAUCCUGAACACUGCGACUCUACAAUCCGUCUUUGUACCGACCAUCCAGCGCAUGUCCCCUCAGAGCAUCCUGUGUUUCCUACCCAGGUUCUAUUGUAGCUUUACUUGAGUUUUUUCUGUGUUUCGUUGGAGAGAAAACGAUGUCUGGGAUCGACUAAUAUUCCUCAAGCCAUUGUAGUUUGGACUAAAAGUGAUUUUUUAAUUGUAGUAUCUGUGGAAUGGUCAACUUUUCUAUAUUCCUGUCCUUUGUAGACGCUCCUUUUUAAAUAAAACUAAACUCACAGGGUACCGUGUUUGUAUGAAGGAGCUCAUGGUCAGCUUUAGGAGAUGAUUCUGGCUCUGAGGUUAUCAGUGGGAUCUCUGCAUGCGCUGCCCCUUCACUUGUUGCUUUGGUCUUAUUUUUGUAUUUUUAUCUCCUUCUCUGCCGGUUUGUUUGGUCGGUGGAACCUUUGAUUUCCAGACGUUCCAAUCAAACAGCCACUGAUCUGAAUAUUAAUGUACAUCUUUUAUUUCUGUGCAUUGAUUUGUUCUUUGCUUUAAACCAACCAAAGCUUGCUCUGCAUUCAGCAUGUCGUCCUGUCAGUGGAACAGUUCUUUCAUUUGGAGUCUGUGCUGUGCUGAAGCUUUGGUGACUCGUGUCCAGUAAUAAUCUGUCUAUUUACUGUGAGACUGCCUUUGACUGAAGUAUUAAAGUGCUCUUGUUAGCUGUCAGUGCCUGGAAGGGCUUUAAUGUUGCCUUUAUGUAGGUCUGAAGGUCCGCUCACACCAGGAUUACUGCGUUCACUCACAGCAGGACGGAAAUCAGCACAAAUGUUCCAGUUUACCUUUAGUGGUGUCUGAACGGACUCCUUUGACCAAUAGCAGGCUGUGUUUAAAGCACCGAUCUCUGAAGGAUGGAGUCAGAGGAGAACAAUGAUGAUCAGUCACCAGUUCAGCCUCUGCUGCUGGUUGGAUGGAUUAAUUAUGUUUAUUAAUGAGCAGCGUCAUUUAUCUGAGAUGUUCCACAGCCGGUUUGGAAGGACAGAUGUAGUGUCAGACUGAAACCACAUGAAGCACAGAUAUGUGGAUGUUAAACCUGUUAGAAAACAUGGUUCCUGGUGCUAGCAGUGCUAACAUUAGCCGCUCUUUAUGACAUCAUUUAGACACUGUGAUCCCGUUGGUUCUGAAAAGAUAAGAAAGAAAUGAAAUCCAUCCAGACUUGUUCUGUUAUUAGACCAGACUACGUUUAAAUGUCAGUUUAAGAGAGAGGAGAGUCACCUGGAACACCUGUCCUCAUCAUCCUACCUGCUUCUCCGUCCUUUUCUCUUUAACCUCCUCUAAAUAAAAGAGGAAUGCCGUGCAGACAGACUGCGGUUCAAGGGCCUCUGUCCAACAUUAAUGUUCAGAAAAUACCAGAACCUGCAGUCAGAACCACAGGCUGUGUUCAGUUAAUGUACAAAACUAUUUCCAUUUCCACAAAUGAAAACACCACACACCAUUUAUUUAGCACAACUGGUGAGCACCGGCUCCUGGUGGAAUAAAGACCAGUGGAGCUCUCUGUCUGCCUGGUUCUGGUAGACGUGUUCCAUGUUGGGGAAUAGAAGGACGGAACAGAAGCAUCCAGAAUCCAUCCAGACCUAAAGUCCAACACAGAUUGCUGCUGUCUGUCUCCUGGUGUGAGCAGACCUGACCAGGAGGAUCCUGUCAGAUCUUUGAACUUAUUGUUGUUGAGGGGUUAGGGUUAGGAGAACCUCGGUACUGCUGCUGAUGUGCUCUGACACAUUAAACACAUCUCCAUGUAAAAGUCCUGAUUUAUGAAUGCCAUAAUUAACCAAUCAGCCGUUAGCUUGAUUUCUGAUUGUGUAAAUUAAGUUUCAUUUGACGUUUUCUUCAAUGUUUUUGGUCUUCAUUUGUCAUUGAGCUUUUCUACGUUCUUUUUUCAGUUGAAAUCCAGAUGUGUUAUUAAUCUAAACCUUGUAUGCCAAUAAAUGAAACAUGUACAUAUUUUA